AUGGAACAUCGACUCAGCCUCGCUUUCUAUCCCAUAUUAACUCUGCUGGCCUGGCUUCUACAUACAGUGUAUAAGGGGUUCGUCUCGCCACUCCGUCGCAUCCCAGGUCCACGCCUUUCAAACUUCACGCGUCUUCCCCUCAAGCUCGCAACCAUCACCGGAAACCAGGUCUACUAUAUCCAUGAGCUGCACCAGCAAUAUGGACCGAUCGUCCGCAUCUCACCGACCGAGGUCUCCGUCUCAUCUUUGCCUGACGUGAAAGAAAUACAUCGGAUCGGAUCAGGGUUCCUGAAGACGGAGUGGUAUGAGACAUUCACUAGGGGUAGAGAGGGCGUGUUCAGUAUGCGGGAUGUCAAGAAGCAUGCAGACAGGCGCAAAUUAUUUGCACGACCCUUUUCUAAAUCUGCACUCCGGACUUCAUGGGAACCUAUAGUGAGAGAGAAGGCUCAGCUGAUGAUUUCGCAAAUCCAGAAAGAUCUCACGACAGCAGGUGUUUGCGAUAUCUUCAAGUGGGCGACUUUCCUAGCGACUGACGUGAGCACGCAUUUGAUGUUCGGGGAGUCCUUUGAGAUGAUCCAACGAGGAGAGAAAAACGAGUACAUCCGCAUCCUGGAAUCAGUCACCCAAGGCUCAGGCAUCCUAGCCGAACUUCCCCUCCUCAAAUUCAUCCUGCCCUACAUCCCCCUAAAGGCCUUCCGCGACAUGUUCGGCAACGGCGACGUUCUCCUCAGGGCCAGCCAGCGCCUAGUAACCAACAACCGCGGCGGCCGCACCUCCACACGCAACAUCUUCUCCGGUCUCGUCCACGCCUCAGAGAAAGAAGGCGCCCCCCUCAGCGAAAAAGACGUAGCCAUCGAAGCCAGCAACCUGAUCGUAGCAGGCUCCGACACAACCGCCGUCACACUCACAUACCUCAUCUGGGCCAUCCUCUCGCAUCCAAGCCUCCACGCAGAACUACGAGCCGAGCUCGCCAGCCUACGCCCCAACUGGGAAGAAAGCGAUCUCGAGACCCUCCCUCUACUAAACGCCACUAUCACCGAGACGCUCCGCUUAUACGGCGCCGCCCCCGGAUCCCUCCCCCGCUCUGUCCCCGAGGGAGGCGUCUCGUUCUCAGGCCACUACGUCCCAGCCGGAACAACCGUUAGCACGCAGUGCUGGACUUUCCAUCGCGAUCCCGCGCUUUUCCCGGAUCCGGAGAAGUUCGACCCGUCGAGGUGGUUGCCGGGUGGUAAGCAGGCUUCUGAGCAGGCGCGGCUGGCCAUGUCGCCUUUUGGGUCCGGAUCGCGAACUUGUCUGGGCAUUCACCUGUCUUGGAUGGAAUUGCGUCUGGUUUCCACUGAGUUCUUCAGGCAAUGUGGGGAUGUGAAGUUGGCGGCGAGCGUGUCGAGGGAAAGUAUGAAGCCGCGGCAUUUCUUUUUGAUUGCGCCCGCGGCGCAUAAAUGUGAAAUUGUGCCUGUGGCUUGA